CGGGGCGGGGCGGGAGAGGGAGGCGGCCCGCGGGGCGGCUUCCUCCCGCCCUCCCUUCCUCGUCCGGCCGCCGCAAGGAGCGGGCCGUAGCCCGCGGGCUCGGAGGGCCCUCCGGCUCGGCCGGGCCGGGGAAGCGGGGAGGGGCGCGGGCCGGGGCGAGGCGGGGAGCAGCCGCCGAGCAGCCGCCUCUGGGAACGCUCCGUCUCGGGCAUGUCCCCGCCGUCAGGGCCCGCCGGAGGCACCGGCUCCUCCGCUCGCUGUUAAAGCCUUACCCGGCCGCGGCGUCCCCCGGCCAUGGGGACGGCGUCGUCCCUGGUGAGCCCGGCGGGCGGGGUCGGGGAGGUGAUCGAGGACACGUACGGCGGCGGUGGCGGCGAGGCCUGCGAGAUCCCGGUGGAGGUGAAGCCCAAGGCCCGGCUGCUGCGCGGCUCCCUCCGGCGCGUCGGGGCCUCGCGGCCCGGCGGCCUCAUCGGGGCCAGCUUCAAGUCGACGGCCUCGGUGCAGGAGCUGGAGUGCGUGGCCGAGUACGAGCGCCUGAAGAAGGAGUACGAGAUCUUCCGCGUCAGCAAGAACAACGAGGUGGCCUCCAUGGUGAAGAAGGAGGCCAAACUGGACAGGGAGAACAAGCGGCUGCGCGCCGAGCUGCAGGCGCUUCAGAAAACUUACCAGAAAAUACUUAGAGAGAAAGAAAGUGCUUUAGAAGCUAAAUACCAAGCCAUGGAGAGAGCUGCUACUUUUGAACAUGAUCGAGACAAGGUCAAAAGGCAAUUCAAGAUUUUUAGAGAAACUAAAGAAAAUGAGAUUCAGGACUUACUGAGGGCCAAACGAGAACUAGAAGCAAAACUUCAGAGACUCCAGGCCCAAGGAAUCCACGUGUUUGAUCCCGAAGAGUCUGAUUCUGAUGAUAAUUGUACAGAUGUUAUGGCUACUGGGGCACAAUCUGAAUACUGGAAUGGAGGAGCUUUGGGAAGCGAGCCAUCCAUGGGUAGUAUGAUGCAACUUCAACAGUCUUUCAGAGGGCCUGAAUUUGCUCAUAGCUCCAUAGACAUUGAGGGACCAUUUGCAAAUAUAAACAGGGAUGAUUGGGAUGCUGCUGUUGCCAGUUUGUUACAGGUUACUCCUCUGUUUUCCCACUCUCUGUGGAGUAACACAGUAAGAUGUUUUAUUGUUAGUACUGAUGAGACUCAACCAGAAGUGGACAUCUUCAUUAGAAACUACUCACCAAAACUUCAAAGAGUCUGUGAAACAAUGGGGUACUUCUUUCAAGUUGUUCAUUUUUCAGCAGAAAAUGAAAGGCCUCUUAAGGAUGUAAGAAAAUGGGAAAUUGAAAAAAGCUCAUUAGUCAUUUUGCUCCUGCAUUUAACUUUGCCAAGUUGUUUGUUGGAGGACUGUGAAGAAGCCUUCUUGAGAAAUCCAGAAGAAAAACCCCGGCUGAUUUACCACAGAAAGGAGGAUGGCAGAGUCAGUUCAGUCUCAGUGCAACAGUUAAUUGAGCAAAUUUCUUACAUGAACAAAGCAAAGGUGAUUGACCAUGUUGGAGGUGUGGAGGAAGGAGCAUAUGAAAUCUAUACUUGUGUGGAAAAGAUAAUUAAACAGGAUAUAUUGGGAUGUGAAAUGACAGAACUAGAAGGCAAGGAUUUGGGUAAUAAGGAAGAGUCCACUGCUCCUGAAGAAGAAGUUUUUGGUGAUGUAUUGUGGGAUGCACAUGAUGAACAAGAACAGAUGGAAGCUUUUCAGCAGGCCUCUAAUUCAACAUGUGAGCUGGGAUUUGAGAAAUAUUUUGAACGUCUAAAUGACCUAGUAGCAGCACCAGCACCAAUUCCACCUCUGCUUGUAUCAGGAGGACCAGGCUCUGGGAAAUCUCUCCUUCUAUCGAAAUGGAUUCAAUUGCAACAGAAGCAUUCACCAAACACUCUAAUUCUUUAUCACUUUGUUGGGAGGCCCAUGUCUACUAGUUCAGAAUCUGCAUUGAUAAUUAAACGCCUUACUUUAAAGCUUAUGCAACACUCUUGGUUAGUGUCACCUCUGACUUUGGAUCCAGCUAAACUUCUGGAAGAGUUUCCCCGCUGGCUGGAAAAACUUUCUGCACGUCAUCAAGGCAGCAUUAUUAUAAUUAUUGAUUCUAUUGACCAAAUACAGCAAGCUGAGAAGCAUAUGAAGUGGCUGAUAGAUCCACUGCCAGUGAAUGUGAGAGUGAUUGUAUCGGUGAAUGUAGAAACAUGUCCACAGGCUUGGAGGUUGUGGCCCACUCUUCAUCUUGAUCCGCUGAAUUCCAAAGAUGUUAAAUCUCUCAUUAGUGCAGAAUGUAACUCUGCAAAUGUUAAAUUGACUAAAGAGCAGGAGAAGAAGCUUGAGAGACAUUGUCGUUCUGCCACAACUUGCAAUGCUUUGUAUGUCACUCUCUUGGGCAAAACCAUUGCUUGUGUUGGAAAUACAGGAAAUAUUGAUGAAACCCUUCAACAGUGUUUCCAAUGUCAAGACACAGUGUCACUGUACAGGCUUGUUCUGAGAUCAAUUCAAGAAUCAUUGCAGAGUGAUAAAGAGAAAGGUCUUUUGAAAGAGAUGCUGUGUGUCAUCGGUGUUAGCCACAAUGGUGUGAGUGAGUCAGAGCUGAUGGAACUUUAUCCUGAACUGUCUUCUGCAGUGUUAGCCUCGCUCGUUCACAGCUUGCACAAAAUGUGUUUGCUGACAUAUGGCUGUGGUUUGCUGAAGUUCCAGCACCUCCAGGCUUGGGAGAUGGUGAGACUAGAGUAUAUGGAAGAAGGUGAAAAUGUUAUUUCUGCCUAUAGACAAAAAUUAGUGGAGUACUUCACCAUACAGUUAAGUCGAGACCGAGUGACUUGGAGAAGUGCAGAUGAACUUCCCUGGCUCUUCCAACAGCAGGGUGAUAAGCAAAAGCUACACAAGUGUCUUUUGAAUCUCUUUGUGUCUCAGAACCUUUACAAAAGGGGACAUUUUGCAGAAUUGCUGAGUUACUGGCAGCUGGUUGGGAAAGAUAAGAGCUCUAUGGCAGCUGAGUAUUUUGACUCUCUGAAAGAAUAUGAAAAAAGCUGUGAGGGAGAGGAAAGUAUGAUCUGCUUGGCUGAUCUUUAUGAGACCCUGGGACGGUUUCUUAAGGACCUAGGUCUUCUCAGUCAGGCUGUAGCUCCUCUGCAGCGAUCUCUGGAGAUUCGAGAGACUGCGCUGGAUCCAGACCACCCAAGGGUGGCGCAGUCACUCCACCAGCUGGCAGGAGUUUAUGUUCAGUGGAAGAAGUUUGGAAAUGCUGAACAGUUGUAUAAACAGGCACUGGAAAUCUCUGAAAACGCUUAUGGAGCUGAACAUCCUCGGGUAGCCCGCGAACUUGAUGCACUUGCGACCUUAUACCAAAAGCAGAACAAAUAUGAACAAGCUGAGCAACUGAGGAAAAAGUCCUUCAAAAUACGCCAAAAAGCAGCAAGGCAGAAAGGCAGUCUGUGUGGCUUUGCUCUCCUGCGUCAAAGAGCCCUGCAAUUGGAAGAGCUCACGUUAGGCAAAGAUACACCGGAUAACGCUCGAACCCUCAAUGAGCUUGGAGUCCUCUAUUAUCUGCAGAAUAAUCUUGAGACAGCAGAGCUUUUCCUGAAGCGCUCCUUGGAAAUGAGAGAGAGAGUCCUGGGACCUGACCACCCAGACUGCGCGCAGUCUUUGAACAAUCUGGCAGCCUUGUACAAUGAGAAGAAGCACUAUGACAAGGCAGAGGAACUGUAUGAAAAAGCUUUAGACAUCAGGAGGAGAGCACUGGCUCCAGAUCAUCCCUCCUUGGCUUAUACUGUGAAACAUCUGGCAGUGCUGUACAAAAAGAUGGGAAAACUUGACAAGGCCAUUCCUCUGUAUGAACUAGCGGUUGAAAUUCGACAGAAGUCAUUUGGCCCAAAACACCCUAGUGUAGCAACUGCUCUGGUGAAUCUAGCUGUCCUUUAUUGUCAGAUGAAAAAGCAGAUCGAAGCUUUGCCUCUUUAUGAACGUGCAUUAAAGAUUUAUGAAGACAGCUUUGGCCACAUGCAUCCUCGUGUGGGGGAAACUCUGAAAAACUUGGCUGUGCUAAGGUAAGAUUAUAUGCUUCAGCCCUAUAAAACAAAACAUCCUGGACUUGAGUACUUACGAGGAAAGUAGAGUGCCUUAAGUACCUUUGUUGAUAGCAUGGUGUGCAUUUCAAUUUAAAUGAAUUAAGAGACUUGUUUUAUGUGUUUCAACUUCAUUUUACUCUUCUCCAAAGCUAUGAAGGGGGAGACUUCGAGAAGGCAGCUGAACUUUACAAGAGAGCUAUGGAGAUAAAAGAAGCAGAGACUUUGUUGAUAGGUGGAAAAGCAACU